AUGUCACCACAGGACGAUGAUGAUGAUGAAGAUGAUGAUGAUGAUGGCGAUGGUGGUAAUUUUGACCAUGAUAAUGAUGAUGAUGAUUGUGACGAUGGUGGUAAUUUUGACCAUGAUAAUGAUGAUGAUGAUGAUGGCGAUGGUGGUAAUUUUGACCAUGAUAAUGAUGAUGAUGAUGAUGAUGAUGGCGAUGGUGGUAAUUUUGACCAUGAUAAUGAUGAUGAUGAUGAUGAUGAUGGUGGCGAUGGUGGUAAUUUUGACCAUGAUAAUGAUGAUGAUGAUGAUGGUGGCGAUGGUGGUAAUUUUGACCAUGAUAAUGAUGAUGAUGAUGAUGAUGAUGGCGGCGAUGGUGGUAAUUUUGGUCAUGACAAUGAUGAUAAUGAUGAUGAUGGUGGUGAUAUUGACGACAGUGAUGAUGAUAAUAAUGAUGAUGGCGAAAAUAUCGGCGACCACGAUAAUUAUGAUGAUGGUUAUAAUAUCGACGAUGUGGAUGGUAAUGCUGGUUAG